AUGACACCGCAAGAAGAAUCUCUCCUCGCAGUCCCCAGGACGCCCAAGAAACCCAAUCAGAGCGACCCGGUUCGAGAGGUGAUCGACAAGCUCAACCGCGACUAUAAUGUCUCAAUAAAGGUACCCGACGUUACCCUUACGCCUUCGGCCACGCGCGAACGCGCCCAACAGGACGCCGCAUUUGCCCGCAGCGAGGAGAUUGUGCGACAGCUUCGAUACCACUGUUUCCAUCCCACUCUUCUUGACAGAAUCUUGUACUCCUUCCACCUGGAAGCCCGCGCUGCCAGCCAAAAAUGGAUCCGACUAUACGACGGCGACGGCGACGACGACGCAGUCGUCCCAGACCCAACAGCCCCCCCGAGGGCAGAGUCUUCGGGACAGGUUCUGGAGUUCCAGGAGAUCUUCAUCAGCAUCUUGAACCAGGCUCGACCACGCCAGCCAAAGUUUAGGACCUUCACUCGAGCCCACACUGGUCCAGCCGCCUACGCCAGCGCCGAUAUGUCCAUGUCCAAGAGAAGACCCGAAGUGGACACUGAGGUAAACUUGACCAAGAAGGUAAAGGGCAAUCUUAUGGACAGCAAGGGCAGUGGUCAGAGGGUUUCUGAUGCUCUGGACUUUGUUCCUAUUCGCUCGCGGUCCGUCAUUUCCGAGCCUUCGGCAGCAAAGUUCAGCAGAGACGUCCGAGAACCUCUCAGAUCAAAAACGGCGUGCAGUGUACGAGAGAGCGUCUACGGCAACACUUCAUUCUCAACAGCUGCAAGCACCAGCCGGGCCUCGCUCUUCUCCGUGGUCGACGGAUGCCUUCCGGGUACCCAGGAGACGAUACCGGCUCCAAUCGAAGAGGAACUCGCUAGCUGUCUGCCGCCUGCUCGCGAGCCAACCUCUUUCGUGGAACACGACCUAGAGACGUCGUCGAAGGCCGUCAGGAAACCAACAGAACCUGCCGCACCUAUUCCACUUGCCAGUUCGCCCGGUGCAACGGGCAAUUCCGAGAUCUCGGCUUUCGAUGAUCCCAUUUUUUGCAAGCUUCAGAAACCCCUUGCUCGACAAUCGGAGCCGAACAACCUUCUGUCACGGCUCGAAGCCUCCUGGCCCAGGUUUCCGUGCUGGCUCAACCGCGCCCCCUUCGCAGUUGCAUGGGAGGCCACCCGCAUUGCAGUCCAUUGCGGUGUUGACUUGGGAGAGGUGGUGGAUAUGACGUACGCCGAAAAAUGGAUCAACUACAAUGAGCUCCGAAAGUCCCUCCUGGCGCAUCCCUUAUUCGCUGGCAAGUCGUUCCCAGAGAGGCCCGAGCCAGAGGCGUGGGCUGCAGCAAUGGCCGGGUUCAAGACUGUUCGUGGACAGCACGUUGUCUUCUCCGCGUCUCUUGGCCAAGUUUCCCGAGCGAAGAAGGGUCCCAUCUUUACACUGUCCAUGUCGCCAGUCUCGCUGGAUCAGGGCUGUCGUCUACAUCGCCGUUUUGGCUCCGAUCGCUUCUUGGAACUUUUGGUCCCGUCUCCCAACUCUUGGGAGGCGCCCAUCGAUACCCGGGAAGCUUCACAACAAACUAUUCUCUGGCUCUCUUCAAAACUACAUUAUCUUGCUGGGAGAAAGUGGCGCGCGUUUUUCUCGAGGGAUGCAGGUUACAAGAUGCCCCAGAAGGGGCUGAAUCUCCGUCAAGAGCCGAAGCCCGUUUUCCGAGAGAGAGUGAGCCUCUUCGCCGAAGACGGCAACAGUUUUCAUCCAACCUCACCACGUGGAACAUUGUUGUCCAGCGAUAACCUUCGGGAGCUGAGGGUGAAGUGUAGGGUUUCCGAGAUGCUUGACUGGCUUCUGCAGUUCGACCAAAAUCAGAAACAACCAUAUCUGAAGUUGUUCUCCCGCAUACAGCUCGGCCUCAGCAAGACCAUGCCGGUGAUCGUCCUCGAACUCAGCCAGAUACGAAAUCGUGGCAAAGACCUUCGCUCGCCAAUUGACAUGGUCAUGAACGACGGUAUCGGACGCAUGUCGCGCUCGCUGGCACGCAAGGUCCGAGACGUCCUUGGCCUGAGUGAUGUGCCGUCUGCGAUCCAAGGCCGAUUUGGUCCCGCCAAAGGCAUGUGGCUCACGGACAUCUCGGAGGAAGACGGCAAGCUCUGGCUUGAGACAUGGCCAUCGCAACGGAAAUGGGACUCCGACUUCAAAGACCCAGAGCACCGCACCCUCGAAGUGCGCUCACAUGCGAUGGACACCAAAUCUGCCAGCCUCAAUCUUCAGUUUCUCCCCGUCAUGGAAGACCGGGCUAUCGACAAGGACCUGAUGCGAGAGACUAUCGGCAAGAACCUUGUUGACGAGCUGAAUCGCGAAAUCGAAGAACAGAAAAACGCCAUGAAAUACUCUCUGCUGUUCCGACAAUAUGUCAACAAGGGUGCCUCUACUAGGAAGCAGCGGCUUACCAACGGUCGCAUACCGUUCUUGGGUGGUCUUCCCGACUCGUCGGAAGAGAGGAUGAACUUUCUCAUCGAUGGCGGGUUUGAGCCCCAGUCGCAGAAAUACCUCCAAGACCUAAGCUGGAGCCUCAGGCGUGCGCAUUGCGACAAACUACUCAAGAAAAUGAGCAUCAAGGUGCCCGAGUCGGCUUAUCUCUUCAUGGUCAUUGACUUUUGGAACGUCCUCGAGGAGGGCGAGGUCCACCUGUGCUUCUCCUCCAAGUUCCAGACUGACACCUUUUCGGAUUCGAUGCUCCACGGCUGCGACGUGCUGGUGGCGCGCUCACCAGCGCAUUUCGUGAGCGACGUGCAGAGAGUCAAAGCUGUCUUCAAGCCAGAGCUUCAUGCAAUAAAAGACGUCAUCGUCUUCUCGGCCAAAGGAAACGUGCCUCUCGCAGACAAGCUGUCGGGUGGUGACUACGACGGAGACAAGGCUUGGGUUUGCUGGGACCCGGCCAUUGUGUUGAACUUCAAGAACGCAGAGACGCCCGCAAGCCCCAGCUUGGAACGGUAUCUACGGAAAGACAAAACGACAUUUGCCGACCUUGUUGUGCCCUCACGGGGUAAACCAGAUGCCGUGUCCGACAUGGUCAACCGCGGGAUUGCCUUCAGCAUGCGCCCGAGCUACUUGGGAAGCAUCACGAAUUUCAAGGAGAGGCUUUGCUAUCACCUGAACAGUGUCAACAACGAGUACGCACUCAAGCUGAGCGCUCUCCUCAGCAACCUUGUGGACCAAGCGAAGCAGGGAAUUGAGUUUACCGGCGAUGACUGGAAAGCAUUUUGCCGCGAGCAGCUUGAUAGCCACAUGUCCAGUGGCCUGGAAGAGCCGGCUUAUAAAAGCGAUAGUUGGUCAUGUAGCGGGAAGCCGGCGCACAUCGUUGACUAUCUCAAGUUCUCUGUGGCCAAGCCGACCGUCGAAGCUGAGCUACAGAAGUUACAUAAGGCAAUGAACUCAAGAUCUUUAGGCAGAUCAGGACAUAGUUUAGGGCUUCACAGCCUGAAAGACAACGACGAAGAAGCAAAAGCCGAGUAUUGGGAUGCCGAUCUUGCUAAACCACACGAGAUCGUCAGGGAGCUCGCAACAACGAACCCCGAGUUGAAGAAAAUUCUAGAGAAUCUGAUGAAUGAUCUCAGGGACCUCGAGAGGAAGUGGAGCACAGCAAUGGCCACGGACAAGGAAAAGGACAAUGCAGAGGUUCGCCAUCGCAUUCUCGAAGUCUACGAGUCGUGGCGCAACAUCCAACCUCGGUUGAAUUCCGACUCGGAUGAGCCGCUCGAUCCCAUGGUCAAGGCACUACUUCUGCAGCCCUACCUGGGAGACGAUUUCACGCAAUGGGCUCUACUCCGCGCGAGCAUGUUGUUUAAGCAAUGCUACAAGCACAAGCCAGCAUUUGUGUGGCGUAUGGCGGGUAUUCAGCUACAGUACAUCAAGUCGAUGACCAUGGCGGACCGCGACAGCGUCCCCGUCGCUGUGGUGCCGAGUAUGUAUGCCGCUUUGAAACCAGACAGCAAGUACAUAAUGCAGGCUGUCUCUAGAAUGACAGAAGAGGGCUCGGAGUACCCGGUACUCGAAUCUGAUGGCGAGAACGACUGGCAAGAUUGGGAAGGGGAUGAGUGA